UUUAAUUUUAUUCUUCAUUCAUUAAAAUAUAGUUCAUGUUAUGGUUACAAACAUAUUUGCUAAAACUAGAAAAGAGAUAAGAAAUAUUAAUAUUUUUAUUUUAUAAUACUGUACAAGUGGUAAAGUGGUUUUCCUAUUCUAAUAUAGUCUGUAAAGUGACGUGAGUUCUCGUGAGAAGACGCGCGGGUUAGAGGGAUAGAGGAAGAGAUCCGAGGGAGAUGCCCGAAAAAAACAGCUACAGCUAAAGUUGUCUCGUGUUUUUUGUUUUUUUGGUAAAGAUUUGUGGUUUGUCACCCAGAGAAUCCACCGUGAGUUAUGUGUGUGAUUUGCGGUCAAAAAACAGUGUAGUUUCAACGCGAAGCUUGCGGACUGUACUUUCUCCGCUUAUUACUAGCUUAUUGAGAAGUCAUCGUCGCUAAAGUGACUGUGAGCUGCUGUUCGCUAACCACGCGGUACAAGGAGCUUACAGUGGAUCGUUACCGGACAGGACAACGAAGAACGGACCCCAGACAGUCCUCUGAGUGCCCGCGACGCUCAGAGUACCUCUGGCAACGUGGGAUACGGGGACGAGACGUUUGGAGCGGGUGUGGACGACGCACCUGGAUCGCUGUUGGAGACACGCUGUAGCCGGGGGCGCCGAGCUGUAUUAUCGGAGUAGACGAGGAGCCACGGAACUGGACCGGACGAUUCGGGUGGGAUUAACACGAUUAUCGAGGUACCCUGCUUUUAUUUUGUUUUUUGCUCUUUGAGUGAAGUGACCCGGAGGUUUUGGUCACACCGUACCCGAGCAUCGAUACAGGCCUGCAACGUAGGGUGUAUUUAGAUGCCGGCAUUAGGACUAGUAAAUGAACAAUAGAGUUGUUGUACAUUUUUGGUGAAGCUUGAAAGCAUUUCAAUGUGCAUUUUUAUUUAAUUUUUCUUUAUUAAAGGGAGGGUUAUUUUACAUCUACUUUGUGUCUGGUGUUAAUUUGGUACCCCAUAGACUAUCUGCUUUUGGUCAUUUCCUGUCUGGUAUUAAAGGUGCUGUACUGCUGUCCCAAAAUAUUAGAAGUAGUUUAGGUUUAGUACGAGAGUACACUGUAAAAGAACCCAGAGCCCACUCAAGUAAUUAAUGAGUACCAAAGGGCUACAUAAAAUGGAGGCACCGCUGGGAUCUUUUGGGUCUAGCUAGGUACCGUAAAGGGGCAUUACACUAGAUUUUAAAAUUUCCAAAAGUUACAAAUUUGACAUUUCCCAGUUCAAUUGGCUUUUUAAACCAUGGCAGACCUCAUCGAGCUGACCGCCGAGCUGAAGAGAUGGUGUCGAGGUGAAGAUUUGGAGGAAAGUAAAGCCAUCAUGGUUAUGGUUCCAGGAGAGGCAGACAUAGCCAAGAUUGAGGAGACAGUGGGAACUGUAAAAUGUUUUGGCCGCGUCCGUGUCAGAGGCCGCAUGUUCCACACCUCAUCAGGACGCUUGAUGGUUUUAUGUGAAUGCAGAGAAGAUUUCUCAACUGCUGACGUGCCCAAAGAAGUGGUCAACGCUGAAAGUGGAGAGAGCUGGCAAAUCAUCUCUGUUGGUGAACCUGUACCUGUUGAUGAUUUCGGUGUCAAGUUGCAAACUCUGCUAGCUGCUGAGGGCAAAACCAUGGAAGAUGUUAAAGGUCUACUCCCCGACGCCCCUUCACAGUCAGUCCGCUCUGAGUCACCAACUAACCCCACUGAGUCCAUCCUACUAGCCGUUGGUGAUUUGUUGGAAAAGACCCGAAAACCACAAGCAGAAGGGGGUUAUCGACGUUUGCGGCUGUUCUCAGGGAACCUGCCUGUUCCCCCCAGUGAAGAAGCAUUUGACCAUUGGCUUGAGCAGGCUUGGCUUAUGGUGGAAGAAAGUGAAGGUACGGACAGAGAGAAAAGACGCCGGCUUAUGGAAAGUUUAAAGGGGCCCGCUCUAGAAAUUGCAAAGUCAGUCUGGGAUUCUGAUGCUGAAGCAAGCCCCACUGAGUAUCUAGAUGCUCUGGAAAGUGCAUUUGGAAGUGCAGAGUCUGGCGAUGACCUUUAUUUUGCCUUUCGGUUAAUGCAGCAACAAGCAAGUGAAAAGCUGUCUGAUUUUCUGAGGCGCUUGGAGAGAGCCCUCACAAAAGUUGUUCAAAGAGGAGGAUUUCCAGCUGCUGGCAAAGACAAAGCUCGCUUGGAGCAGCUCCUAAGAGGGGCCACAGCUUCGGAUCUCAUGCUAAUCCAGUUGCGCCUUAGAGAAAGAAAGUCCUCACCUCCAACUUUUCUCCAGCUCUUAAGUGAGAUCCGUACAGAGGAAGAGUACGAGGCAUCCAGGAGAAAACUCAAUCCUCAUGUCCAGCCAGUUCGAUCAAAACAUGUAGAAGCUGAAAGCCAUGCGGAGAUACAGAGUCUCAAAGCUGAAGUCAAGGAGCUCAAAACAAAGCUAGCCUCCUGCAUGACCAAGUCCCCUGAAGCGGCAAAGAAAAGUUACAGUGCGCCGCCUGUGUCCACAGUCCAGUCUAGUGAACACAGUGACACAAAUGAACUUGUUGCUCUAAAGAAACAAGUCAAGAGGCUACAGCAGAAAGUAGCACAAAGAGAUGGCACUCCUGAACCCUCUGCAAAGCCAACAGCAGUUAAAACAGUGGAAGCUGUGCCAAAAACAAGAACACCCAACAAAAGCAGGCAACCACCUACUGAGCAGUUCUGUUACCGUUGUGGCGAGAAAGGGCAUUUUGUGGCAAAGUGUCGCAAUCCUGAAAAUCAGGGCAAAGUAAUUAGGAAGCUCAUUCAAACUGUGAAGACAAUGAAAGAAAAUCCAAGUUUUGAAAUGACCCCAAGCGCAGACACAAACUGCAAUGUCAAACAAGGUUUGCUCUCCACCGUUGCAUCAACUGGUAUUCCUGAGGGACUGAUUGGCCCACCAAGUGUUGUACCCCUGAAAGUGAAUGGUAAGUCCUGUGAUGCCUUAUUCGACAGUGGAUCUCAGGUUACCAUAAUAUUUGAGUCCUGGUACCAAGCCAACCUGUCUUCAGUUCCCGUGCAACCAGUGACUGGUCUCGACCUUUGGGGCCUAAGUGAGUCCAAUGUCAGUUACCCCUACCGUGGCUAUGUGGUGGUCGAUUUUGAGUAUCCAGCUGAAGUUACAGGUACCAAUCACACAGUGACUGUUCUGGCUCUGAUCUGUCCAAGCCCCAAAGAAGAGCCGAUCCCGGUCAUUGUUGGCACCAACACGAGCCAUGUCCGAAACUUGGUUAAACAAUGCAGAAAAAAGGGGGUCGACAUAACAAAAACAUUAGGGAUCCAAGCCCAAAGGGAACCGCAACAAAUACUUUCUGACACUGUUUCCCUCACCACCCAGGAUGACGAGGUAGGUUGUGUGAUAUGGCAAGGUCCCAACCCGUUGACACUACCUCCAGGAGAAGACCUGCAAAUAACCUGCAAAGUCAACUUCAAGCAAACUGUUGGUCAAGAGAUCUUAAUGGUUGACUCCUCACCUUUAGCUCUGCUGCCGGGGGACGUCCUGCUACAGCCCAUGGUUGUGCCAGCCAACGCUGUCCAAAUCAACAGCUUCAGAAUCCUAGUGCAAAACCAAUCGGCCAGAGAAACAGUCAUCCCAGUUGGAACAGUCAUGGGGCAUAUGUAUCGCACUGAAAGUGUAAUUUCAAUGCCACUCCAAAAACCAGAAACCCCUGACUUUGACAGUAGUCAGAUCAACUUUGGUGACUCCCCCGUGCCCCGAAAGUGGAAAGAGCGGCUCAAACAGAAACUGGCUGAACGGUCCCAUGUCUUCUCUGUCAGUGAAUGGGACGUUGGCCUAGCAAAAGAAGUUGAACAUACUAUCCGCCUGUCCGAUCCAAGACCCUUUCGGCAGAGAUCCCGUCGCCUGGCACCUGCAGACAUUGAGGAUGUCAGAAAACAUCUACAGGAGCUAUUGUGUGCUGGCAUCAUUAAAGAGUCCCGUAGUCCCUAUGCCUCACCGAUUGUUAUAGUUCGGAAGAAAAAUGGAACGAUACGGAUGUGCAUAGACUACAGACUACUGAACAGCCGUACCGUGCCAGACCAGUACACAACUCCUUGCAUCGAUGAAGCACUCGACUCACUGUCAGGAAGCAAAUGGUUCACUGUGCUUGAUCUGCGUAGCGGGUAUUACCAGAUUCCCAUGGCAGAAGAAGACAAAGAGAAGACGGCAUUCAUCUGCCCGCUUGGCUUCUUCCAAUUUGAGAGAAUGCCGCAGGGAAUAACUGGAGCGCCGGCGACUUUCCAAAGGUUAAUGGAGAAGACAGUCGGAGAUAUGAACCUCCUCCAGGUCCUGGUCUAUUUGGAUGAUCUCAUUGUCUUUGGAAAGUCAUUAGAGGAACAUGAAGAGCGGCUUCUCAAAGUGCUGGAUCGCCUUGGAGAAGCAGGGCUGAAGAUCUCUCUGGACAAAUGCCAGUUCUGUCAGCCCCAAGUGAAAUAUUUAGGGCAUAUAGUCUCUGCUCAAGGUGUCUCUACUGAUCCCCAGAAGAUGGAGGCUGUCACAACCUGGCCUCAGCCUCGAGAUGUGAAGUCUCUGCGAUCAUUUUUGGGCUUCUGUGGGUAUUAUAGACGAUUUAUAGAAAACUAUGCCGCUAUUGUGAGACCCUUGACAGAACUGACCAAAGGUUAUGCCCCAACGCAAAAGAGCCGAAAGAAAAGUGCAGAUCCGAACAAGUUCUACUUGAAAGAGUCUGAACCUUUUGGAGAGCGAUGGGAUGACUCCUGCACCAAAGCCUUUCACCAGAUCAUUCAUUGCCUUACCCAUGCGCCAGUGCUAGCCUUUGCGGAUCCAACCAAACCCUACGAGCUUCAUGUGGAUGCUAGCUUUAAAGGACUUGGAGCCGUCCUUUACCAGCCUCAGGAUGGUGACUUGAGGCCCGUUGCAUUUGCUAGCAGGAAACUAAGCCAGUCUGAGAAACGAUAUCCGAUACACCAACUGGAGUUUCUGUCACUUAAAUGGGCAGUGGUGGAUCGCUUCCAUGAUUAUCUGUAUGGUGCUCGCUUUACAGUACGUACAGAUAACAAUCCUUUGACCUACGUGCUGUCGACUGCAAAGCUCAACGCAGUGGGACACCGGUGGCUGGCAGCGUUGUCUACGUAUGAUUUUGAUGUUCACUAUCGACCAGGUAAACACAAUAUCGACGCCGACAUUCUUUCAAGAAACUUUGACAAUACAGACACAUGCACUGAAUGGGUAACAAUACCAGAGGCAGCUGUUAAGUCAAUCUGCAAAAGGGUGCAAGCGUCCGAAACACCAAACAGUCCUGUCAGAUGUGUUGAUCAAACGGGAGCUUCCCCUGAACGCAUUCCAGACAUCUAUGCCUUUCCGCUAAAAAUGGAGAUGCAGUCUCUAGAACAUGUCUCCACUGAUGAUCUUGCCCGUGCUCAGAAUGAAAACCCAGUAAUCGGUCCAGCUAUUAAAGCUUUCCAGCAGAACUAGUGGACAGACACAAGUCCUGAGUUGUCUCACCUGAAACGUGAAAAAGACAAAUUGACAAUACAAGAUGGGCUGCUCUUUCGCAUCACCAAGCGUCAAUCUGGUGAUGAUGUUGCUCAGCUGGUCCUGCCAAAGCAAUACCAUGGUGUUGUUUUAAGAUCUGUUCACAAUGAGUCAGGACACCUUGGCACAGAGAGAACCCUGGACUUGCUCCGUAAGAGGUUCUACUGGCCUAAAAUGUCCCAAGAUGCUGAGCAGCAUAUCAAAAACUGUGGCGAAUGCGUUAUGCGUAAGACUCCUCCGCAGAGAGCUGCUACGCUUCACCAGAUCUUGAGCAGUGGUCCUAUGGAUCUUGUAUGUAUCCAUUUUCUUUCUAUGGAGACUGAUUCUAAAGGCUUUAGCAAUGUUUUGGUGGUCACUGAUCAUUUUACUCGAUAUGCCCAAGCGUUUCCGACUAAGAACCAGACAUCGCAAACAGUGGCCAAGACCUUAGUUGAGAAAUUCUUUGUACACUAUGGUCUCCCCACACGAAUUCAUUCCGACCAGGGAAGAGAUUUUGAGAGUCACCUGAUCAAAGACUUGCUCAAGAUAAUGGGAAUCAGAAAAUCACGGACAACCCCAUACCAUCCGCAAGGAGACCCACAACCUGAGAGGUUCAAUCGGACACUCCUGUCAAUGUUAGGCACUCUAAGUGCAGAAAAGAAACGUCAGUGGAGCCAACACGUCCCAUAUCUGGUUCACGCCUACAACAGUACAAAGUGUGAUGCUACUGGCUACUCGCCUUACUUUCUCAUGUUUGGUCGGGAAGCCAGGCUGCCAGUAGACCUAUGCUUUGGGACAUCAUCUGAUAAAGCUGUGGAGAGUCACUCACGUUAUGUGUCAAAGUUGAAAGAAGAUCUCCAUCAAGCAUACAAGUUGGCAUCCGAAACCGCAGACAAAGUCCAUCAAAAGAACAAGAAGGCUUAUGACAAAAGAGUUGGAUUCCAGUCCUUGGAGAUCGGAGACAGAGUAUUACUAAAAAACUGGGGUCUCAAAGGAAAACACAAGUUGGAAUCGAGAUGGAGCCCAAUACCCUAUCGUGUCAUUGGAAAGAUGCCUAAUCUCCCUGUAUACCAGUUGAAAAAAGAAAAGGGGAGUGGUAGUAUCAACAACAACAAUCCACAGAGACCACAUUCUCCCUAUAGGACAGGAUGUAAGAUUGACAAAACCUGAUAAAGACAAAGACUGUCCUGUCAGACAAAAGACCAAGACAAAGACUCCAAAGCCACCGACAGUCAUGGCUGAGCCUCAAGUAUCUCAAGAUUCUGACUCAUCUGAGGACGAGUACUAUGAGCUGCCACAACGUUAUUAUACUCGAGAAAGAGUCAGAGAAGGAUUACGACAAGUUCUUGGUUCUCAAGAGACUCAAGAGGAGCAACCAAAUGUUCAAGAAUGUGAAAGUGAUGAGGAAAGUUCACACAAUGAGUCACAACUAGAAGGAGUGGAAUCUGAUCAAGAAAUUGAAAGUGAAACUGAGACAAAUCCAGUAGUAAUCACACAAGACGAGGCAGACCAAGAUGAAGAUGCUGUCUAUUCUACCCCAGAACCAAUGGUGGGACCCAGAGCAACACGGGCUGCCAUGACUCCAAAAAUUAGAUCGCCCCGUGACCAAUUGGUUGAUAGUCCAAAAUUAAGGUCAAAGAGACAGGUUAAACCAGUAGUUCGGUUAACCUAUGAUGAGCUGGGAAAGGCUAAAGACAAUCACAAUAAUUCAUGGAGGAGUUGUUAUUACUAUUGGAAAAGACUAAUAGUUAUAGAGUUAUGGGUCAUUCUUCCCAGUUAGAGUUUUGGUAGUCUGUUGGGGACACCAGACAUUUAGUGGGGGGAGGGUGUAACCCGGUUAAAAAAAAAAACAAAUUCAUGUGUUAAAAGUACAUUUGCAAAAGCAUAUUUCAUAGUUAUAAAUGUUUUUUAAAAAAGAAGACAAUUCAUUUUAUUUUAUUCUUCAUUCAUUAAAAUAUAGUUCAUGUUAUGGUUACAAACAUAUUUGCUAAAACUAGAAAAGAGAUAAGAAAUAUUAAUAUUUUAUUUUAUAAUACUGUACAAGUGGUAAAGUGGUUUUCCUAUUCUAAUAUAGUCUGUAAAGUGACGUGAGUUCUCGUGAGAAGACGCGCGGGUUAGAGGGAUAGAGGAAGAGAUCCGAGGGAGAUGCCCGAAAAAAACAGCUACAGCUAAAGUUGUCUCGUGUUUUUUGCUUUUUUUGGUAAAGAUUUGUGGUUUGUCACCCAGAGAAUCCACCGUGAGUUAUGUGUGUGAUUUGCGGUCAAAAAACAGUGUAGUUUCAACGCGAAGCUUGCGGACUGUACUUUCUCCGCUUAUUACUAGCUUAUUGAGAAGUCAUCGUCGCUAAAGUGACUGUGAGCUGCUGUUCGCUAACCACGCGGUACAAGGAGCUUACAGUGGAUCGUUACCGGACAGGACAACGAAGAACGGACCCCAGACAGUCCUCUGAGUGCCCGCGACGCUCAGAGUACCUCUGGCAACGUGGAAUACGGGGACGAGACGUUUGGAGCGGGUGUGGACGACGCACCUGGAUCGCUGUUGGAGACACGCUGUAGCCGGGGGCGCCGAGCUGUAUUAUCGGAGUAGACGAGGAGCCACGGAACUGGACCGGACGAUUCGGGUGGGAUUAACACGAUUAUCGAGGUACCCUGCUUUUAUUUUGUUUUUUGCUCUUUGAGUGAAGUGACCCGGAGGUUUUGGUCACACCGUACCCGAGCAUCGAUACAGGCCUGCAACGUAGGGUGUAUUUAGAUGCCGGCAUUAGGACUAGUAAAUGAACAAUAGAGUUGUUGUACAUUUUUGGUGAAGCUUGAAAGCAUUUCAAUGUGCAUUUUUAUUUAAUUUUUCUUUAUUAAAGGGAGGGUUAUUUUACAUCUA